AAAAUUCUUUUGGAAAAAUGCCCGGAAAAAAUUCAUUCCUUUACAUGUUCGAGUUCGUGGUCGACGAUCUGCUGAUCACGCGGCAGAAUCUGUGCGCCCCCGAGGAGUACCCCACCUGCACGGAGAUCUCGUUCCGGUCGUCGGUGUUCCUCUCCGUCUGCGACCGCGAGUACGGGGCGUGCGUAAAUCCGUGUGGCCCGAAGUGCGGCAAGUGCUGCCUCUUCACGCUGGAGUCGCCGGUGACCGAUAAGGAUCGCAUCCAGGUGCAUGUCUACAAGAAGCGGACGGAGAGCUGUAAGUUCCUGAUUGGUCUGUCCGAUCUGGCGGCCAAGCCGAUCUUCGAGCGCGUGAACGAGUCCUUCGACGCGGAGAAUCCCAACUGGAGCAAGGCCCUGCAGCUGCAUCUCCAGAAGAUGCCCAAGCUGCGCUCCCCCAACAAGGAGAUGCCGCAGGACGACUGCUACUGCUACGAGCCGCACUCCGGGCGCAGGGAGCAGUGGUGCCCCACCUCGGAGCUGUCGAAGCGCCUGCUGCCGCUCUUCAACCUCUGCAACAUGCAGACGGGCAACAUUGUCCUGAUCAUGCGGCUCGUGUGCAACGGCCCGGCGAUUGUCUCCUCCUUCCCGUUCUCCAGGGUCUGCUCGCGGAACCCCAAGUGUCCGCCCUGUCCCCCCUGUGGGCCGCCGUGUCCGCCGCCACCUCCCUGUGGCAGUGAACCCGAUCCCUGCGCCGGCUGCGGCUCCUGUCCGCCGAGCAGCGCCACCGGAGGGCCCAUGGACAAGAAGGGCGGCCGGUGCCGCGGCUCUGGGUGUCCGCCGGGUCCCAGGCCCUGCCAGAUGCCCGAUCCGUGCGCACGGUCCGACUUGGAUCGUCCCAAGUGUCUGCGGUACUACGCCUGCAACUUGGACAAGCAGUGCCCCUGCGAUUACUGCGAGGAUGAGUUCGACAGACAAUGUCCCACUGUCACCUGCAAGGGUCGCCCCCUCUCCGUCAUUGAGCAGCGCCUGCAGCCCUGCGCACCUUGUGGUGGCAUUCCCGCGUGGCCACGCUACGUCCAGGAGCAGAAGAAGGCCGAGGCCGAGGCUGUGGCCAAGGGAAAGGACCUGCAGGCCGAAAAGGACAAAAAGGAGGCGAAGGAAGCCAAGGGCAAGGGCAAGAAGAGGCAAUCGGGAGGCGGCUUUUACUGCGAGAAUGAUAGUCCCGGACCCUCCAGUGCCUACGAUUCAUGGGCCACUGGCGGCCAAUCCUGUUAUAAGCCGCAAAAUUCCAGUCCCUGUGAUGCUUGCUGUCCACAGUACGAGUCCUGUUGCGAUGCAGCGCGGAAACGAGCCCUAAGGAAAUUGCGCCAUUUGCUGGUUAAGUACAAUAUCCAAAUUGAGUGAAUCUUCCGGGAUCGAUCUCCCGUAUCCAAAUUGAAAUUCGAGACACAUCCGACACAGCCCAAACUACAGAC